AUGUUGCGGAUACCUCAGCUGCACCUGAGCGCUGCUAUUCGGACCACUCCGACAUCGGUAGCUUUCGUGAGCUCAGCCGAGAAGUCCAAGGAGGUUGCUCUAGCUCUGGCGAAAGAAGGGGUUAUCGGAGUCGAUUGUGAAGGAGUCAUGUUGGGCCGAUUCGGUCAGCUGUGCACUAUACAGAUCGCAACCGAGCGUGGCGAUGCGUUCAUGUUCGACGCUUGUCGUCCUGGUGUUGUACAGUCUCUGGCCCCCCUGCUUUCUGAUCCUUCCGUGCUCAAGGUCUUUCAUGAUUGUCGAGAAGACUCCAGUGCCCUAUAUCAUCAACACGGCAUAAGUUUGGACUGUGUAUUCGAUACGCAAGCUACUAUGCUGGUGGGAAAUCGAAUGGAUCAUCAGACCGGCUACUGGGAGCUCGUGCGACAAGUCCUCUUUGAUGGGGAGAAGGAAGUUUCUCAUGAAGUGCUGGGAGAUGACCCACAGUUUAAGACACAGAUGGCCGAGGACCCCGAGUUAUGGCGGCGACGACCCCUUCCUCAGCAUGUGGUCGAUUACGCUCUAUCUGGGUGCCUCCAUUUGAUACCGCUUUAUCAUGCGAUUCAAAGUAGAUAUUUGACUUCGACAGAAGCCAUGACCGAUGCCAUCGAGUACUCCGACCAUUGGGUGGCGUAUAGAUAUUUGAACCCCCAGCUCAAGUCGGCUGCUGACGUCAUCAAGCCUCCAGAGGAGGGAGUGAACCGGCAGUCUUACGGCAGAAAGCUGCAGGCUAUGCUCGCAUCCCGUACUCCAACAGGUGAGCUAUUCUGGAAGCUCAACGCCGCACCUCGAGUGGGGUUCACAACGAAUCCUCGACCUCUUCAACGAUUCCGCGACGUUGAGAUAGGAGAUAUUGUUGAUGUUUGCGUGUCGAAGGUCAGCUGGAACGGCAAGUUUCUGUAUCUUGAUCGCUAUGACCAUGACUACAACUAUUACGAUCGCAGUUUGCGUCCACGGAACGAUAAAGUUGGAACUGCUUCCCAAGAAUACGUGCAUCAGUCACCAGCUUAUUUUCAAGAGUCUUCUGACACAGACCCCCUGCUGCGAGUUUGCUUGCCCACCGAAGGCGAAUAUGACUCGGAUGGUGAGGAUGUCGACCAUGAACCACGGUGUUUCACUCGUUUCUGACCCU